AAAACAAUGUUACGGAUGUAAAGUAAUUAUAGUCACAUUUAAAGGAUGUAAAUACUACAGUGUAAACUCCUAUAUGUCAUUUAUUAUCAGCAACGUAAACAAUAUGUCAACAUGCUAUAUUUUUGUGACUUUAUUUACAGUGCUAAUCACAAAUGGUCUGUGUACAGGAAGUUCAGGUAGUGGUGGGCCAUGUUACAGUAUGAGCCAGACUAAAUGUCAACAAGCAUGGACUAAUCUAUGGGUAGCCCAACAUGAGAGACAAGACAACAAGAUAUGCCAGUAUUUUGGAGAUCUAAACAAAUGCACCAUGGAUUUCAAGGCUACGUGUAGAUUUGAACGUCAUGAGGAUGACCUGUAUCAGGAGGACAUUGUCAACGUAUACUCCAAAAAGCCGUACAGCUGUGCAGUAAUAGGAGGAAAUAUCCGAUACAAGGAAGACGAAGGGGAAGAGAAUUCUGUGAGCAGGUCUCAACAAAGCAUCUAUUUGAUAACGUUUCUUGCCUUAAUCUUGACGCUGACAUAAAUUCAUUGAAAGUGACUAUUUAGAGACAGCUUGCAACAACUGUACAUAUAUUUAGAUCAUACUGGAGAAAUUUAUGUAUUAUGUGUCAAAUUUUGUAAGUUUUAGAAACUUCAUUUCUCUUAUGUGUAUCUUAACCCUUACUCUGUCUAUCUUUCAAUUUAGACAGUACCAUUAACUGUUGAAAGGGGUGCUUACCAAAAAGAUACUGACUGAAUAGCGAACAGUGCAAAUCAUGGUCAGACUGCAUGGAUGUGCAGGCUGAUCAUGAUUUACACUGGUCGCAAAGGCAGAAUCAAUUGUGUCCAGCAUGAUAAUCAUUAACUAUACUGAGUAAAGAUUCAUGAAUUUGUUUAGGGAUGCGCUGAUUAAUUAAAGCCUUGACAGAUAAUAAAUUACUAAAUAAAUAAUAAAAUUUCAAUGUGAACAAUUUUUACAUUACAUCAAUGACCCAUAAAAUCCGCUUAAUUUAUCCGGUAGUUAUAUAUACAUCCAAGGAUCGAACUGCCAUCCUGACUUUUUAAUAACUUAUUUCACUUCCUAGAAUCAAGAAAACUUGCUGUUUGGAUGAAAUCUGAGUCUUAGUGGAAUAUCUUAUUUUAAUCAGUAUUAACAUAUAGCCUGCUGGCGGCAAAUGAUUUUGCCUUUGCGACCAGUGCAGACCAAGAUCAGUCUGCACAUUCAUGCUGGUUCAGUUGAUCAUGGUCAACACUGUUCACUAUUCAGUUAAAAAAAAAAAUCAGUGAACACCCCUUUGAAAAAUAAGUGGUUCUGCUCAUAUUGAAUGAUGGGCCAGUCCAUUUUAGAAAUUUAGCAGGGUAAAGGUUAAAAUGACGACCAAGCUAUUGUUGUGCUGUUUCAAUGAUAAUGAAAAUUUUGCCUGAUUACCAACAUUAGAAGUUACCUUAAGAGAAAUAAGUGUUUUCAUUUAAAUUUUUAUUGUUAGAACUUGGCUCUUAUGUUUCUAUACAGCAUACACCCUUGCUUUGAAAGAUUAACACUAUUCCUACAUUUUCUAAUAGUAAACAAAUUCAUUUCUCUCCAUGGGUAUUGUACAUUAUCUGAAACUAGUCUCAAUUUCAAUGUAAGAUAUUGUGUUUGAUCUGAAAAUGUUCAUAUAUGAGGACACUGAAGUUAUUCAUCCUUUCUCCAAAUGAUUAGCUUUAAAGGAAUCUACUUGCCAAUUAGACUACUCUUUUCUCUAAAAAAAAUCCGUAAGUUAACUAGACUAAUAAGUGAGUCAAUAUCAAUGACCUAAUAAAAUAAACAAACAUGUUUGUAAGCACGAAUGGUUCCAAACUGAAGGUGAUCCAUGCUCAAUAAUAAUGACAAAAUACAAUACAUAUUGCAUAUCCGUAGCCCUGCCCAACCUAUAAACUGGGCCAGUCUAUGUUAUAAGUACAACAACACUGUUCAGUGUUCACCCUUUCAAACAAGGAGUACUUAUAAAAGAGGUUGCAAAAAACUGGCAAUUUUCAGGUAAUUAAAGAACCCCGUCUUAUAGAAGAGUAGUCUUAUAGACAGGUAAAUGUACAUCUGUCAUUUCUGUGUUACGUUUAAAGAUGUGCUAUGCUCACUUUUUGCUAAAAUAUUUUAUCAUUACAUAUGAAUCUAAAUCACAAAAAAUCUUGGAUAAAAUUAAACAUUAAGUAUUAAAUUGUGCAUAUAGGAAUGUAGUCAGAAUUAUUUGUUCUAACUAGUUACAGCCAUCUGUAGAAAAUAUGCAUUUACAUAUUCAUACUGUGCAUUCAUUAGUGUUUAGUAUUUGAAAGCUAGCUCACAGUAAUGUUUGCUCACACAUGAACAUUUUUAUGUUUAUAUAGAUACAUUGUAUAUAUAUUU